UUGUUUAUUUAAAAAGCUACCAUUUGUAUUGAUUUUCAGUGCUUUUCGUACUACUGACUUUUAACCAGAGAAAAUCAAUUAAUUUAUUAAUAAACCUCCUUGAUAUCGCAAAGAACGAAGAAGAGUGCAAAAUGAGUGCCAUAGCUGAUCAAGAGUGCCAUGUUAAGGAGAGUUUAUUUCAGUUUAUUGAGAAAAACAUCCCAUCCGCGGAUGUUUCAGCUAUCGACGACAUAGUACUUGCCUAUGUGAUUUCCAUCCUAGAAGCAGCUUCUCAGGACCCGUGCUUCGACGUAGAAGGUUUCAUUGAGAUGAUGGCGGCUUACAUCCCGAAGUUUGCGAGCAUUGACCCUGGGCUCGUAUGCUCCUGGAUCCUAGAGCUGGAGGCUGAGCUGUCUCGUAGAGAUGAGUCGGACACUAUGUCCAAUACCGACGAAUCCUCUGGCAGUGACAAGAUAAGCCUGAAUCUGCAGAGCUUGAGCGACAUGCUGCCGCCGGUCACUAAGACGAGCCGCUCUCACUCCAACUCGGAGAGCUCGGAGACCAAUGAGCGUCGUUUAUUCCUCGACGUCGAGGAGUACGCUGAGCAGUGCCGCGCAUUGCACGAGAUGUUCCCGAACACUUGUGCUAUGGAGAUUAAGCACUGCGUGUCGAUCGCUUGCGGCGACCCGGAGCGCGCCGCCGCCACGCUGCUGCAUCGCCGCGAGCACGGACAGGCGCUGUCCGCCGCCGCGCUGCACGCCGCCGCGCGCACCCCGCUGUGCGACGACCGCGAGAUCAAGAGCCGCAUCAUCGCCAGAUAUUCAUAUGUGGACAAGAACUCUGAAAACAAGGAGCACAAGCCCCUCGCUCCGAAGAUCGAGCCGAAGAAGAUGGUCCGCUACCGCGACAACAAGAUCGUCUCUCUCAAGGGCGAGCGGUACACUGAGGUGCCGAAAUCUGGUGUCGACGAGGAAAAUUUAAAAAAACCGAAGAAACAGCAUUGCCCUUAACCAUUAAAACCACGUCAGUACGGUGAAAAAGCGGACUCGCGUCCCGCUCUCCCUCCCCUCCUCCGUGUCCCCCCCGUGCUCCCCGCGUGCCCGACCGCUCAUGAUACGUGUAAACCGAACGAAAUAAGCGACAAACUUCAAUAUACCUCAUACUCGAAUGAAAACUCGAAUUGUAUCGAAUCGAAUAUCGGACGCGAUACCGAGUUGUCAUGCGUUAGUUUCGAUAAUUCUGUUAUCGAAGCGCGUCCAGUGAC